UUUUCUCUCACGAUACAAACUAGACAAUCGAAAAAAACCUUUUUGCAUGUUUACGCAUUUUUUGCACGUGCUUCCGCACAGCUCUCAAAGUUCAACUUCGUCAUCAAUUGAAAUCCGCCCCUUUCACUUUUUUUGUUUUUUUUUCCUCCUUCCCCUUUCCACCUUGCAAUUUUUCUUUUUUCCCCUCAUUAUUGGCCCCUUCUGCCACUUACAAAAACACUAGCCAGAAACCCGCCAAACAAAAAAAAAACGUUCGAAUGCCCCACGAGGAAGUCAGUCAACUAUACCCCCACAACCCCUACCACCUUAUUUCAUUUUUCUUUUAUUUUUUUUUUGAAAAAAAUGAAAAUAGACUUUUGCCCCAAAAAAGGAAAUUAUUCCCAGAGGCCUCUCUCCCAUUUCAUUUUUCUCCAAUUUUGUUGC